AUGCAGCGCAUACUCUAUCACACCCGAAACGGCGCCUCGUUACUAAGAGUAAAUCACCCGCACCACCACCUCCUCCCCCUCCACUCACCACUCCUCCCUUCUCUCCGCAUCCUUCUCCAUCCCCCUCCCUUCCUCCACCCUAUACCACACCCCCCCCCCUCCACUCCCUCCAUCAUUCACCCCAACCACUCUUCUCUCUCAUCCUUCACCACUCCUCGCCUCCCUCCAUCCCCCGCCAACCCCACCCCCUCCAUAUCACCCAUCCCAACCCCUAUUCUCGAGCCACGAGAAUGUGCUCCUCUUGCUGCCUCAGGUGCUCGUCCUGUUCCUUCAGUUGCUCCUCCUGCUGCCUCAGGUGUAACUCUUGCUGCUCCUUUUGUUCCCUCAAAUGGUCCUCCUGCUGCCUCAGAUGCUCGUUCUGUUGCUUCAGAUGCUCCUCCUGUUGUCUCAGGUGUUCCUCCCUCUGGCUCAGAUGGACCUCUUCCUCCUUCAGGAGAAAAUCCUUCCUCCUCAGGUGCUUCUUCUCUGUUGCCUUCAGGUGAUUCCUCAGCUUGCAUCGCCGCCCCUUCCUCCCCACAAAAUGAUGCACCUUCGUGCUCAGGUACCUCUUCUGCUGCCUCAGGUGAUUUUUCAGGUAGCCUCUCCUGUAACCAGCGCCCUCCCCCUCAAUGA